GAGCCUCAGCCUCGCUUGCGAUCACUUGGAUCAGGACUACAGCAAGAGAUGCCUCUCAUUAUUGCUCCUAUAAUGCACCCUUUAUGCAUCCUCAUUUAUAUUUAUCUGACAGACAUCAUAGAAUCAUCCACAGACAGCAGCUUCUAUUCUGGUGCUGAUGUCUGCCCACUGGGCCAGUUCCCCUGUGGCAACAUGUCUGUGUGCCUGCCCCAGCUCUACCACUGCAAUGGGGUCCAGGACUGUGCUAAUGGAGCUGACGAGGAGAACUGUGUGGACAACAGCGGGUGGCCACAUCUUUUUGAUGCCUUUAUGAAGAAAAAUGUUGAAGAGUCCAAGGAAUGCAUGCUGGACGUGUUCCCAGAGGUAUGCUUCUGUGAGGCCGGGAGAGUUAACUGUAACAAAAAGGGACUACUCAGCGUCCCAGCUGUGUCUUCCAAUAUAACAGCUCUUGAGCUGAACAGCAACCAGAUAACAGCUCUCCAACCAGACCAGUUCAUCCGCUACAGACACCUUGAGAGACUACACCUGGAAGACAACAGGAUCAAAAGAAUCUCCAAGCAGGCAUUCUCAGGACUCUACUCACUUAGAAGACUAUUUCUCAGUCAGAAUCGGAUUACAUCGUUGAAGGCUGGCAUUUUUGGAGACCUCUCGAACCUGGAGUGGCUGAUUCUUGACGAAAAUAGAAUCACAUCUAUGAGACAGAAAUCGUUUGAGGGCCUGAAAUCUUUAUUUUUCCUGUCUUUGCUGAAUAAUUCCCUAGAAUCCAUCCCUAAGAAAUCGGUCUGCCUGGAAAUGCCGAGAUUAAACUGGCUAGAACUGGAGGGGAACAGGAUAUCAUCUUUGUGGGUUUCCAGCUUUCAAAACUGCACCACUCUGACAGUAUUGGCUCUUCGAAAAAACAGAGUACAAACCAUUGAGGAGGGAAUAUUUUUUGGAAUGCCAAACCUGAUAGACCUGGACAUAUCUGUAAACAAAUUUGAGGAGUUCUCCUCAACUAUGUUCAGAAAUCUUCUAAACCUAAAACAGUUGAACAUCUCAAAUAACCCUCUAACUCAUAUUUAUGAGGAUCAGUUUGACAUGUUUGUCAAUUUGCAAUCCCUGAGUAUAGAGGAGGUUGAAAUACCAAACAUCAGUAUUCAGAUGUUUCGCUCUCUUAGCAACUUGUCCCAUAUUUAUUUUAAGAAAUUUGAAUACUGUGGCUACUCUCCUAACGUGCGAAGUUGCAAGCCAAACACUGACGGAAUUUCAACAUUUGAGAAUCUUCUUGCGAACAUCAUCCUUCGUGUUUUUGUGUGGGUGGUGGCCUUCAUCAUCUGCUUCGGCAACAUCUUUGUGAUCUGCCUGAGGUCUUGCAUUGCAUCUGAAAACCAGCACCACACCAUGGCCAUCAUAUCACUGUGCUGUGCUGACUGCCUCAUGGGAGUCUACCUGUUCUUCAUCGGUGCGUUUGACAUCAAGUACUGUGGAGAGUACAACAGACAUGCCCAGCUGUGGAUGGAGAGCCUGCAGUGCCAGUUGAUUGGCUGCCUGGCCAUGCUGUCCACUGAGGUGUCAGUCAUGCUUCUGACAUACAUGACUCUGGAGAAGUACCUGUGCAUUGUGUUCCCCUUCCACAACUACAGAGCCGGACGUAAACAGACGCUCUGCUAUCUCAUCCUCAUCUGGGUCCUGGGCUUCAUUAUUGCUGUCAUUCCCUUAUGGGACAAGCAGACAUUCGGGAAUUACUAUGGCAGGAAUGGAGUGUGUUUUCCACUUCACUCAGACGAGAUGGAGAAACCAGGGGCCCGAUGCUACUCCACUGGAAUAUUCCUGGGAUUGAAUCUCUUUGCAUUCAUCAUGAUCGUCUUCUCCUACACCAGCAUGUUUUACUCUGUACAGAAAACAGCCAAGACAGCAAGACAGUCUGUCUACAACAAGGAAGUCUCUAUAGCCAAGAGGUUUUUCUUCAUCGUUUUCACAGAUGCCAUGUGUUGGACACCUAUAUUCAUCCUAAAGAUCCUCUCCCUUUUACGAGUGGAUAUAGCAGGAACGAUAAUUCUAUGGGUGGUGAUCUUCAUCCUGCCCAUCAAUAGUGCCCUAAACCCCAUUCUAUACACCAUCACUGCCAGCUCCUUCCAGGAGAAACUCAAGCUCUGCUUGAAGGCCAAGUGCAAACAGGCUGGGCUCAGGGAAACGUCCCAAAAAGUAUCUGAAGUCUACCAGAACCCCAGCGCUCCCCCUUAAUAAAAGGACCCUCUCAGUCAGGGAGCUUGCCAAACGUCCUCUUGGAGAGCUACUGCCUGGGUAUGCAGGCUUUUGUUCCAGCUCUUCUGGAAAACACUAAAUUUAAACAUCAAGAUCUGGCUAAGCUUCUGAUUAGUAGGAUCAGUGUGCUUGAGCAGGGCUUGAGCAAAGCCUGCAUACUGAGUGGCUCUCCAGGAGGAGGGUUGGCUACCCAUGUCCUUAUUUUAUAGGGGGAGAGAUGUAUUCUUGUAAUUAUUCUUUACCAGCAAGAGAACACGCUUUCUGGGAACCAAUUUAUUAACAAAUGUUUUGUGUGAAUACAGUUAUUGUAAACACAGAUGUGCAGAAUCACAAAUUAUUUUGCAUACCCAAUUGAUAUUACACAAAUUGUAUUGUAUAAAUGUAUAAUAAAAAAAAUAUAGAAAAAAUAUAUGGAAUUGAAAAGGUGUAAAUGAGUGAGAUGUUUUGGGUUUUAGGGUGUAACAUUUGCUUGGGUUUGAUACAUUUGACAUUCAGAUGCA